AUGAAGUGCUUUGAUAUAUGUGGUAAGGCGCAGCAGCAAGCAGCAGGCGACUCAGGUUACGGAAAUGACUCGAGAAAGGUUCCGCAUUUUUUCACUGCAGAGAGCGAUCAGCCGGACAAACCAGAGCAGGACUGGAGACAGCAGCACAGGGGACAGCCGGGGUUGCUUGGUGUUCUCGAUGAGGUUGACAGUUGCUCCGCUCACAUGGGGAACACAGACAGCUUCAAUCUGCUUAGGAAGGACUCCGGGAAGGGUGGGAAACUUGACAUACCACAAAUUACAGUAAUUCAGGCUUCGCCGCUCCCUGCGGACAGAUCUGCCUUUAUCCUGCCUGGGCCUGAACAGACUGCAGCUCAGGUAAACACUGCUUGUGCACUUGAGGGCCCAGAAGAGGCAGAGCAGCUGGGUUCUGGUUCUCAGCACAUGUUCCUCUCCACACAGCAGGAGACAGAGGACAAGGUGGAUGGGUGCAGCAGUUUGUCUGGCAGUGAGGACAGCUGCAGUCCAAAAGGUAGCCGGAAACACUUUAUCCAGGUGAUGAUGAACAGUUCUCCUGAAGUAAGGCACAGUGUGGUGCUCCGACGCUCUGUCUGCCCCACUUCCAGGAGUGACGCUGACUCAGCCUCACUGGUCUCUGCCAGCCUGGAUGAGGACAGAACCUCUGUCACCUUGGACCCCGUGGAGCAUGAGUGGAUGAUGUGUGCCUCAGAUGGGGAGUGGGGCAGCCUCCAUCGGCUCCUCUGUACAGAACCAACCCUGGUCCUGAAGAGGGACUUUGUUACUGGUUUCACCUGCCUGCACUGGGCUGCUAAGCAUGGCAAAGCGGAGCUGAUAGCUCUGAUCAUCAACUUCGCCAAACAGCACUACCUUCCCAUUAGCGUGGAUGUUCGAUCCAACAUGGGCUACACACCGCUGCAUAUAGCUGCUAUCCAUAACCACACGGAGGUGCUGAAGCUCCUAGUGGGGGCUUUUAACGCAGAUGUGGAAAUCAGAGACUACAGUGGGAGGAAGGCCUGUCAGUACGUCACCAACAAUGUGAGCGUGGACAUUCGAGACAUCAUAGGAGCAUAUGAGCUCUUUAAAUCCAAAGGUGCAGAGCGCAGGGUUGGAGGGCGUUGGAGGUUCUCUAAGGUCCUCCCAAACAACCUUAAACCCAUUUACCAGCUCAGCCUUAGGGACAAUGACCCUACAGACGAGGAGGGCUGUCUCAGGGAAAGACCUGUCAGGAGGAGGUCUUCACUGAGCAGGAUGAAGCCCAACCUGCAGAAGAUGCGCCUCAGAGCAUCCCAGAUUGUUCACAGCACAUCUUUCCAGGACAAACAGGAGACUGACGAAUCUGAGGAGAAGUCCUCCAGGUCAAGACCCAAAACACAUUUCCUAGGUUGAGCCCAAGUCUGCUACAUGAUACUUCUUAUCCAGGUUAAUCAUGGAAUGUUUGGAUCCAUUUGGUCGUCAUGGGUCGUAACCUUCAGCACUUACCUCUCUCUCCCCUACCUGAUGCUUCACACUGGUGAUCAGCUGAAAGAAGGCUACCGCAUUUCUCUAUCCCUUAGAGCAAAGCCAAAUUCAUCUGUAUAGACAUAUUUCUCACCGUGAAAAGCAGGAAACUAAACAGCACCACCUACAAACCCUUUUGAGCUACCGUAGCUGUUGAGCAGCUGACUGGAGGCUCCAGAGGAGCAGGUAGUGUGUAUAAUUAACCAGCUAAUAUUUGUUAUACUUGUUACUCUAUGAAGAACAGAAUGCACAAAUGAAAAUUAUUAAAUUCAAUUUUUUUCUACUGGAAUCUGUUUUUGCUACAGGAGGAAUACUACAUGAAGCUCAGUAUCCUCACAACAGGCUGAACGGUUUAUACUGGGUUUACUGGGUUAUUUGUCCUUACUGGUUCUGCUCAGUCACAGUCCAAAGUUUAAGUGAACCAUAAGAAGCUAAAUAACUAAUCCAGAUUAAAAGGCUGUGACAUUCUGAGCCAGCUCCAGGUUGGCCUGCUUCUUUUUAUCUAUCCUCAGCUGACACUAAAGCCUCAUUGUGUAACUUGGAGCAGGAAGCAUAUUUCUCUGUUCCAUUCAAGGCUAAUCUGGGUUUUCAGGUGGUUCAUUAGCACUGACAGGUUAGGUAACUGGUUUUGGAUAUACCUAUGUGCUAAAAUGCCUUUCUGGACUAAAGGUCAAAUAAAAGCUGUUUAACAGCUAAUGCUUUGGAAUCAGAGAGAAUCAUAACUAAGAAUGUUUGUGUACAUAAAGUGUAAUGCCAGUGAGCUGGUGGGAACAGCAUAAAGUGCCCUGCAAACUCUUUCUGUUUGGGUCAGAUUUCAAGAUUUCAAUUUGCAGUGUUAGUUGUCUUUCAUCCAUAGCAUUCUGCAAGUAGGCCAGAAAAUUCAGUUUUGCUCUCCUCUGAUCAGGUCACCUUUUUCCACGUUGGCUGUGUCUCCUACAUGGUUUGUGGGAAAAUGCAAACAGAACUUUUGACUUUAACUCUCCUUACCCAGCCCAUCAGUUUAGCUUUAGAACCUAACCUUCCUGACCUGUCUGCUGUGUCCUUGGUCUUCAUGAUGCUGUUUGUUCUCUCAUGUUCUCUAACAAACUUCUGAGUGCAGAAACAGAACCACUACAUUUGAAAAUGGUUAUUUAGGAUUACUGACAAGGUGACUUCCAAAGGCAGUUGGUUGUGCUGGAUUUUUAAGGGUAUCAGAGCAAAGGGCGUUGAAUAGACAUUUGAAAUUUUAAUUUUGAACAAUGUUGGAAAACACGUAUCAUCCUUGUUUCCCUUCCCGGUUGUUCUGCAUUACUUUGGAUCCUCAGUGGAGUUCACCAAGGAUCCAUUCCGUCACAUGGAACGAGACAAAAUGUGCACUGAAUCUCAGCCCUGUUGUGAGUAACAGCUCCACAUGAAGAAAUGUAUUAAUCACCAACAUGCUGUUUAAUGUCAGAGCUCAGCCUCACCCAACAUGCUGCUCAGGUUACUCAUACCACAGGCCCAGCUACUCACCUGGAACUUGCCACAGCCAGCUCACAGAAACACACUGUUUCAGGCACAAAGCAAACCUCCUUUACUGAAACGCCCAACCAUUAUUAUUAGCCCAAAGUACAUGUGUCAAAUAUUAAAAAUGUGUCCUACAGCCAGAAGCAGUUUUGUUAAAGUGGAUCAGAUGCCUGGCUCAGCAGGGUCAGGAUCAGCUGCUAUGCAUGUUUCUGAUUUUUGCUUUUAGGAUUCUGCUGGCUGUUCUUCAUACGUCAUUGAUGUUAUCUGCUGCCAUUUUGCGCUGUCUUUAGUUAAUUAAGCAUAGGAAAUAACUCAUUGUGAUUUAUUUUUUUUACAAAGAUCUUCUCCACAUUUUUGAUAAAAUAUGUUUUUCCUCCAGAUCUCUAUCUGUUCCUGCAGAACACAAUGACUUUGGGAUGUUAGCAUGUAAAGACGUUUUACACUAAUACUUAUUAUGAGGGCUGCGUGUCUUGCUCUUCGGGUGCACAGAUAAUCAAAUACUUUUAAUGGGGUUUAAUAUACAGGAUGACAUAUCUCUGAAGAGGUUUUUGAACAUAAUUUUGAUUUUUACAAAAUAAAUUUUAUUUGAAAGAAA